CUUUGCUAUUCGUUAUCUAAAUAAGUCAAAUUACCCAGGUUUCGAGUUUAUACAAUCAUAGUCUGAUUUAAAUAUUAAUAUAUUCAAUAAGGGUCAUUUGAAUGAGUAAUGGUAAUAAUUAUUAAUGCAUAACUUGAAUUACUUGUGCUGAUUUCGAUAAUCUUGGCUUGAAGAAAAAUUCAUUGGAAAUUAUGAUCAAUCAACUGAGUUGCUUCAAAUCACUAACAUGUCUAGUCAAUUGUCAUUUUUGUUUCUCGCGGGUCAAUAUUUGACAAAAAGUAAACUCGUAACUCUCAUUGGUAUCAUAUUGACUCUGGUUAGGCCUGUCUUCAAUCAGCCCUUGACACUUGACCAGGUGUUUAAUCCAAGAGUGUUUAUUCCAUGUUUAGAAGAAGUGUGUUACCCUGAAGCAGAUAUAGGAUGUUUCCCUCCAUGGGAUUUAUCACGUUAUUUCAGUUUACCCUUUUACUCGGUGUGUCCAGAGCCUCCGGACAAUAUGGGAAUCCAAUUUUAUCUUCUCUCUCGAUCAUCUCCAACUCGGUUAACCCAGGAUUUAUCGCGUAUUAAAUGUGGAGAAAAGGUUGCCUUUGUAAUCCAUGGUUAUCUAUCACAAUCUACUGAUCAACUUUACCUUCUUCCCGCCGUAGUGUUGCUUAAAACUUUUGACCAUGUAAUUCUUGUUGAUUGGAGAUAUCCAGCUGAUCCAGUGGUUGCCUUUGGUUUUCCUAUUCCUGCGGCAAAUUUUUUUGUCAUGCAUGCUGAUGUACAAGUUGUGGGUCGUGUAACCGCUAAUCUAAUUGCUAAAAAACUAGUCAUUGAUAAAGAUUCUCCUUGUAUUGAUCCAGAUGGUAUUAGAGUCGUUGGCUUUUCAGCUGGUGGUAACAUGUUAUAUUUUAUAUCCACUUGGCUUAAAGAAAGAUAUGACAUUACACUGGGUCAUUUAGUCGGUUUAGAUCCAUCAGGGCCGCCAUUUUACUUCUCAAGUAACUUUGUCGAUAAACAGUUAAAACCUGGUCUGGCUAAAGCUGUUGAUAUGGUUCAAUGUACUUUCAAUUUUGAGAUUCCCUUAAUAACAGAGUUACAGGCCUUAACUCUUCGUUUCGGUUCCUUCAAUGCAACUGGUAACACAAAGUAUUUAGUCAAUUUGCCUUAUUCGUAUAUCGAGCAACCCGGUUGUCUUGGUACUCCUAGCUGUUCACAUUUUUACUGUCUGGUUAUUUACACAGCCAGCUUAUUUCCUGGUUGUGGCUUUCGUUAUUCACCAUGUAAUUAUUUGGGUACCACAACUUAUCUCGAUGCUAAAACAAAUUUGAACAGUAGAGUGGAAGGCUCGAAAGGCUUAAUAUGCAUACAAGCAAGCGAAAAUCCAUUGAGAGACUGUACUUUAUCAACUCUGGCGGGUAAUACAUGAUCAUACUAAAUUAUCAUCCAACAAAUCAUUGAGUAAUGCUAAGCUGGAAAACUGUCCUAUUUUGAUUGAUCUGAGUUCAUCAUAGCAUAGUCGACAAUAUGGACUAUUCCUGAUCCAGUUGAUCUUGUAAUAUUCUGCAAAUAGUUAUGAUUGCUGUAGUUGUAUGAUAUUAAUAUUUUUCUGAUUGAAAUUUAAUCAGCUAACCAGAAUCAUGGGUCUUCGGUGAAUCUAUUCAUUGUCUUUAUUUCUGUUAUCAAGAAAUUGGAGUGUAGUUAAUGGUUAUCAAUAUUUUUUAUACUAAAGUCUCUUCAAGUCCAUAAAAAGUCCUUCUUUUCAAUUCUAAAUCGAUUAAUAUCUAUGAAAAUAGUUACACAAUAUAAAUUUUUAAUCUGGUACAAGCCAUUAGAUCAUAACAAAACAUCUAAUUAUAAAAUACAAUUGAUUAAAUGAUAUUAUUUUUUGAUAAUAAACUGCCUUAUAAUUUGUGAUGCUUUAUGAUUUUUACGUACAAGGGAAGUACCACAGGUCAGGUCAUUCGAAUAAAAUUUAUUAUGUUUUAUGAACAAUUAGUUCUCUCAAGAACUUUCGGUUAGCAAACUAAAGACAAACUAAAAACAAUCAAAAACCAAUGUUUGGAACUCAAUCUUCGUGGCUGUGUAUACUUUAAUGGAAAAGUACUCCUCUCAAUCCAUAGAUCUUUAUUAAUUCCUGUAUCAACCAAUUUUCGAUCAGAUAACCUAAAAAGUAAAC